AUGAAUGAAUCGUCAAAUCGUAACUCCCUAGUUGGUAGAAAUCCUGGAUUUCAUUCCAACGCCAUGCGUGACAGUCUACGUGUGCUUAACUCUUCUUGUGGAGUAACCGCAGCUCCUCAUGUUCUCGAAAACCGACUGAAUUAUCCACAGAACACUUCAAAUCACGGGUUUUUAUACUCCGAAAAUGGUUUCAAUAAGUCCAACCCUACUUUUCCCAAUUGUUCAGUUGAUCCCUGUUUUCCUAGUCUCAGCGUCUCAAUGGAACAAAAUUUGGUUACGGAUUACUCUCAGUGUCAUUCAUGUGGUAGCUCCCCACCACCUCCAGCGUUAUCUCCAGUUAGUUCCUCUCCUACCCAUGGGAGUAACAAUCAAAAUAACCAACCUUCCUCUCCUUCCCCUCCAAUUAUAGUCGCUGAAAUUCGAGCUCCUUCAUCGAUUUCAUCUCACUCAGCUUCCGAGAAAAGCUCUCACACCAGGGGUGCGUUUAAAAUGAUGAAUCAACAUGCUUCCCAGAUCCUGAAUAAACCACCAAAUUCUAGCUGCCCACGAAUAGUAAGCGAUAUGUUUAUAUCUAGUUCCAGCAGUUCAUCUUCAUCUACAUCUUCCUCCUCAGUUCUAAAUGAGGCUAACCAUGCUGCCAAUGGUCUACCAAUUCUCGAAAAAAUCUCUAUCGUUCUUGGUUCACCUAAAAGACCAGUUAGUGACAAUUCAAUAGUUCGGUUAAACAACACCGAUUCACCUUCAAAAAGUGAAGACCUAAAACUUCCAAAGUUGGUUCUGGAGAAUCAUAUCCAUCUACCAGGCAGUAACGAAAACUCCUUAGAAAAGCUUGAUGAAUCCUUCAAAGCGAACUCAUCUGCUACAAACGAAGAUACUAAGUCGAUUGUUCUGGGUAGGAGGUCUAAGAUAGCGACUAGACGAAAGGCGACAAUCCGUUCAAGACGUCGACUUAAAUCACGGAAAAUUCGAGGAGAUUCUGAUUCUGAUUUCGAGCCAUUUUCCCAGUCUCAAGCAGGCGGAUCCCGUGGAAGGGCGGAUGCCAGAGCCCUUAUCCGCCGAGUUCAACAAAAAGUUGGCAGUAAGAAAUCUAUCGCUGGUGCUGCAUCAGACACUCCUGGUGGAACCAGUGCAGAUAUUGCAAUGCGCAGAAAGUAUUUAGAAUCACCUUUUUUAUGUCUUUGUCAAGCUGGAAGAACAGUUUCUAGUCUUAUGAAAACUUCAAACAAUUCCACUAAAUACAGUUGUAUUCCUUCUGGAUCUAAAAUAGGUUGUGAUAACUCAGCAACUGAUAAUGAGUUAACUGAUAUGAAUUCAUCUUUUUCUGCCCAUAUAAUUAACCCAGCUUUACGUGACUUAUCAGUUCAACAAGUUAACGGGAAUAUCUCUCACUGUACUAUGCCUGUUAGUUGUCCAUUCAAAGCUAAUCUAACUGGAAGCGAAUCAAUGAAAGUUGAUAAACAUGACCUUGGCAUUGAAUCUCGUAGUAUUCUUGCAGGUAUUACAUAUAGACCUUCGGGACCUCUCCGAGUACGUGACUAUCAGUUUCCAACCUCAAUAAAUCCUAAAAGUCUAUGGAUAUGUGCUUUCUGUGGUGAAGAUAACAAUUAUACUGAACUUGGUUGUUUAUAUGGUCCUUAUUGGCUCACAGAAGCGGAUAUAAAGCAACUACCUUCAGAACUGAUAUAUGAUUCUACUAGUGAAUAUGAACCUUCUGACACAACGACCCAACCUAAUACACCUACAACUUCUAUAUCCAGACGUGCAAAAAGUAUAGAAAAGGCAAUUCGUUCUGGUGUAAUUACUUCGACUACUACACGAUCUGCAGCAGCCCAAGGACGUCCUACAGUUGCUAAUACUGGUGUUCUCCGCCUAGUUAUCAAAGCUUCAAACGGUACAAUAAAUAAUAAUCACUGCUUGACAAACAAUUCACCUGAUCUAUCUAAAGUAAACAAAGACAGUAAAUUCUCCAGGCCUAGAGUGGGGUCAAAUGGUGAAGUCUGGUUUCAUUUUGAAUGCGCACUCUGGGCUCCUGGUACUUAUGUGAACGGGAAUGGUGUUGUUGGCGGUCUUAAUGAAGCAUUACAAUUAGCUCUUAAUGCACAUUGUUCACAUUGUCAAAAACCUGGGGCAAUUCUAAGUUGCUGUAAUCGUGGAUGUAAUUUAAGUUAUCAUUAUCAAUGCGCACAUAAAGCUGAAUGUCAUUUGGAUCGGGAUCAAUACAUUCUGCUGUGCAAAAAGCAUCAUAUCUAUUCAUAGUCAGUCAAUUAGUCAAUAAAGCAACAUAUACCAUAUAUGUAUUUACGAUGAUGAUGAUGAUACUAUAUUGUAUUUGUUUUUAUCACUGUCCCACAUGUCAAUGUAUCCUAACCAACAUGUUUAGUUUUUUAAAAUAUAAUUGUAUGAUUUUGUAAAGAUAUCAUGUAAAUGUUUGUAUGUAGGUGUGCUUGUGCGCCGUUUUUUUUCAAUAAUAUAACCUGUUGUAUAGGUAGGUGCUUACAAAUCCCUAGAUCCAAAACUCAAUUUGAACACUUUCUUUCUCAUUGUUCCUCUUCCUAGGAACACACACACACACAGUAUGUGUUGUAGGAAGAGAGAAAUAGUGAUUGUACAGUUUUCUUUUUCAUUCUUGUUUGUUUGUUUUUUUUUACUCCAAUGUGCGCGUAUUUGUGUGCUCUUCAUAUUAUCAUUUUCUCUCUCUCUCUCUCCUUACUUUAACUCAAAAUUAAAGCAGAUUAUAAUGAAUGAUGAUUACCAUCAAAUCUAUCCACUUUAUUCAUGUAUUUUAUCUAUGAACAUGUUUUUCUAUGCAUGUGUAUAUCUAUCUAUGUAUAUGAAUUUGGUAAAGAAAAUUUUGCUUUUGUAUUUAUUUUAAAAACAUGUGUGUAUUUAUGCUUAUGGGUUCAAAUGACGGUGUUAGUAAGAAAGGAUUGUUUGACAAAGAUUAAUGAAAAUGUUUAUAUCUUCUAGUGAUACGUGUGUGUCGCUCUCUCAUUAGAUUUAUUUUUUCCCAUUUUGGUCUAUUCAUUUGUAUGUUAGAAGACAAACCGAAAUAAAAACGUCAUUAGUUUAA